UAUUUAUCAGUAAUAUAAUGUCCGAAGAGGCUCCAAGCACUUCAACGUUUGGCUUCAAGAAGCGCAAUAUUAACAGGGGUGCCGGCAUGCGACGGAAAAAAGUGAGCACCAGCAGCAGCAACGAAUCAGCGAAAAGCAGCGACGAGGAGUUGCAAAAUAAAACCAGUGCCUUAGCUCGUGCCGCAAACCGACGGAAGCGUACCAAUCCCAACUUUCAGAGUACCAAAACGUCAGCCAAGCGAAAGCCAGAUGCCGGCUCCAAAGGCGCCGAUUCAUUGGGCAGUGGGACAGAGUCGGGCGGGGACAACGAUGACGUAGGCGUGGCGUAUAAAUCAAAACGCGAGGCGAUUCCAAGCGGACCGCAAGAUCAGGGCGCGACUAGUGUUAAUGAAGUGGACACAGAACUGGAUCGCGAUGCGCAGGCAAUCCAUGCGCGCUCUCUGAAAAUCAAUGAGGAGCUGGAGGGCAAGGCGGAUGAUAAACUGUAUCGAGGCAUUAACAACUAUGCGCAGUACUACAAGAAGAAGGACACGGCGGCGGGCAACGCCAGUUCGGGCAUGGUGCGUAGUGGACCAAUUCGGGCACCGGCUCACUUGCGUGCCACAGUACGCUGGGAUUAUCAGCCGGAUAUUUGCAAGGAUUACAAGGAGACGGGUUAUUGUGGCUUUGGUGACAGCUGCAAGUUCUUGCACGAUCGCAGCGAUUACAAGGCCGGCUGGCAGCUGGAAAUGGAUCAUGAGGCGGAACGGCGCGGUGAUUGUGACUCCGAUGGGGAUGAGCACAAAUACGAGAUUCACUCGGACGAGGAAUCGUUGCCGUUCAAGUGUCACAUAUGCCGACAGAGCUUUGUAAAUCCGGUGGUCACAAAGUGCAAACAUUACUUCUGCGAGAAAUGUGCGCUGGCGCAUUACAAAAAGUCGCAGCGCUGCAUUAUUUGCUCUCAGCAAACUAAUGGAAUAUUUAAUCCUGCCAAGGAGCUGAUAGCACGCCUGAAAACGGAACCAAUGGAAGAAUUGGAUGAUGACGAAGAUGAUGAUGACCAUGAACGUCCACAUGCCAAAAAUACUGAGCAAGAGGUGCAGGAAAUUUCAUCUAACAGCGAUACUGAUUAGCGUUUAAGCUAUAAGUUUUUAAAUUUGUUUAAAUAGUUAGGUUGGAAAAGUUUUAUUAUUCUUAAUACAUAUUAUUUUUACCAAUAAAAGUGAAUAUUAUCUUAA